AUGUCAACUCUUUCUUCACCGGUUGUAAUUUCAACCAAAUCCACCACCACCACCAAAUUAGAGCCAGAAUUCAACUUUAAUCAUGGUCAUCAUUAUCCACCACUUUCUCCUGAUAUUCGAGUCAACAACGAUAACCAAGACGAUAAUGAUAAUACAGAGUUUGAUGAUAUUCAGUUGGAACCAAUUGAUACGACACCACCAUCAACCAUACCAGCAGUGACUGGUACAAUACGAUACCAACCAUCCAUUGAAAUGGUUGAUGAAGAUUUUGGAACACGUGAUUACAACCAUAACAACAGCAACAACAAUAUUCGAAUUGAAGAAAGAUAUUUAAAUUCUCCACUUCCAAAUCAUCCAAAUCAUCAAAAUAAUAAUCAAAAUACAACAACAAUAGAUAUUCCACAAUUAAAUAUAAAUACUACUACAACUAUAGUUCCAACUACAACAACAACAACAACAACGAAUCAAAUAGAUGAACAACAACAAUUAGAAUUAAAUUAUGAAUUUCAAAGAGAAUUAAUUGAUAGUACAAGUAUAUGUUCGAAUUUUACCAAUUGGAAUAUACUCUAUCUUUUAUUUGGAUGUGUUGUCAUUGUCAACACUGUCAUAUUGUUUUCAGUUGGAUUCCUAUCAGAGAAUCAAUCCAUUAUAUUUAGUGGUAUCAUUCUAUGUCCCAUUGGAUUCCUAGCUAUCAAUCACUCGAUUCAUCUAGCCUAUCGAAGAUCAAGACGAGUUUAUAAUCGGUUGUUGACUGAACACCGAAGACGUCAAAGGGAAGCUGCUGAGGGACAAGCCCCACCAGUCGAUCCAUCAACACUCCCAUCCAAACUUGAAGUCCUCACUAUAGGUAUUCAAUGUUCUCCAACUCCAUUCCCAAGUAUAUCUCAUCAUCAUCAUCAUCAUAAUGAAGAUGAUGAUAAUAAUAAUACCCAUCAUCAAUAUCAAUAUCAUCAUCAUCGAUUAUCAAUAGACAUGGAUAAAUAUGAUAUCACUAGUUUCCAAAAUAAUAACAACAACAACAACAAGAAAAAAAAGACGACAAUGAAUGAAAUAUCAACAAACAAUAAUAAUAAUAAUAUAAAUAAUAAUAAUCGAGAUAAUAAUAAUAAUAAUAACGAUGAUACAACUAGUACAGGAAGUGUGAUGACACUACCAACAAGCAGCAUCCAUUCACUCGAUGGUUACUUUAACUAUUUAAUACAAUUGUAUAGAGAAAAGUUUUUAAAAGAUCAAGUAAUAUUUAAUUGGGAUGAAAGAAUCAAUGAUUCUACAUAUAAUCAAUCUUUGAAUACGUUGGAUGGAUACAUUAAAGUACAAGACUAUCGAUCAUUCACUAGACAUUGCACUGCAUUUAUUCAAUCUGCAACCUAUUGCAACUCACUCUUGGUCGACCUAUUGAUGAGAACUCCCGACCCAAUUGUACCAAAGGAUCAAAAAUCACUUUGGAUUUAUUCUUUUCACGAUGACAAUAAUAUAGAACUAUUGGCUGAUCGAAUUGCAGUGUUGCCAAUGGCCAACAUGGAUAUACUAAUUAGACUAUUUGGAUUAUUACACGAUAUUAGUACUAAUCAAAGUCAAUCAAAUAAUAAUAAUAUUAAUAAUAAUAGUAAUGGAUUGUCGCCAACCACUACUACGAAUACUACAACGAUAAUUGAUGCAAAGAUUAUUGGUGAUGUAUAUGGAGCUACAUUAUUGAGAUCAGAGUCUACACCCAAUUCAUCACCAUCAGCUUCACUACAAGGUAGUGGUGAAUUCUUCUUUGUAGAUGGUGUCAAUGCAUACACUGUCAUUGGGACUCAAAUAGCAACUCUAUUUAUCGAACAAUAUAAUCAAAUAUUUCCAACAUUAAAUAAUGAAUUAAAACAAAGAGAAGAAAGAGUAAACAAAGCAGUACAAGCAUUAAAAGAAAAUGUAGAGAGUCAUUAUUGCAAAUUACAAGAGAAUAUCUAUUUGACGAUUAAAAAGAUUAAACCAUCACGGUUUGAUACGAGGAUAUCAAUCAUUAGGAAAAUACAUAAAGACACGGAAUACCAAUCGUUUGUAGAUGCUUUGAAACAAUACAAGGUUGGACAAAAUGGUAGAGUCUCUUUAAAAAAGGAUGAAAAUAAGAAAAGAACUGCAAUCGAUCCAUUAUUAUUUUCGACUGGCUAA